AUGGACGACGAUCAAUUAGAGAAAUCAAACAAGGCCCUGACAUUAGCUCAGGUGGCUUUAAAUCCCUGCAUCAACAAAAGACUGUAUUUCAAAAACCUUGUCAGCACCCUGAGGGAACCAUUGAAUCCGAAAAUUGUUCGAAAGAGGAAAGUGGCUGGACUGGAUUGUGAUCUUUCCGAAGAAGAGUUCAUCGAGAAAAGAAAGAAAUGGCAGAGCAAGAAGUUGGUGACAGGCAAGGACUACGACCCGGACACAGACUACAUUUACGAUGCCCGCAAGUACUACGACCCGGAGAAAGAGCAAGAAGCAAUUGAAUACAGGAAUAAAAGGGAGGCUUUCCUUAAAAUGAAACAGCAGAAACAAGAAGAGCUGCAGCAGCAGCAACAAAUCCAACCACCCUACCUUGCUACAAAUUUCAAAACUCAAAGUGAUUUUUUCCUGGCUUCUAAGCCAUAUCUUCGAAAUCAAGGGUUUGCAUAUAGAGGAGGUCGAUUUCGAGGUGUUCAUCCGUUUGGAGGCCGUUUCAAGAGACAAAGAGGGUUCAUGCCCCAAAUGAUGGGUUACUACGCGGGGGGUAGAGAUGGUUCUUACCAAAAUUACGAAAGCCCAUAUCCGGCAGGGCUGGAAUAUAAUUCUUCGAAUGACGCCUGGCUUUGCGGUGGCGAUAUGAAUGAGCCCAGGUGUUACAGCGAUGUUGGUGGGGGGGAGAAUGAGGACGGCGUGGGGUACCAUCGCGUCGGUAGCAGUUACAGGCAGGAUGUUCCAGAUGAGGAUGGUGGUGGUGGUGGUGGCAGUGGUGGUGGUGGCAGCAGAGAGAGAAAGAAAAAAGUAAAAAAGUUGUCAAAAAAGAAGAGUAAGAAGAAGCAUCAUCACAGGAAAUCUGAUUCCAAAAAGCGUUACAACAGCGAUGAUGGUGAUGAUUACGACGAUGGUGACGACGGGAGAGACCCCCUCCUCCGUGGUGAGGAUGACGUCACUGAUGACGCUGAUGAAGACGACGAAGAGGAAAUAAACUUGAGACAACUCAGAAGAGAGCUGGAGCGUAAAAAGCUACAACUCAAGCAAAUUUUUUUGAAAAACUCCCACAGUGAUGGAGGUGGAGAAGAAAACGAGGAUGAGAGGGCAUUGAAAAGUAACGACCCUGAUCUCUCAACAUCAUCACAGCAUCAUCACCCUCGUCGUCAUCUUCAUCGUAAGAGUCCAUCUGAACUUCAUACAAGGAGCAAUUCUUCCGAUUCGUAUGGAACUCCCGAGACCAGCCCCAGUGAACAACGCCCAGCUGAUCACAAGUCUGCGAGCUCUGAUUAUAAAAAACAUCGCCACAAGCCUAGCAAGUCACCGUCAUUAAUUUCCUCCUCAUCCUCAUCAUCGCGCAAGUCAUCUGCAGCAGCAGCAGCAGUGCCUGUGGAGGUUGAUGAGAAGCAUGCAUCAGGGUGGAGGCUAGCAUCAUCGCGCGACAAGAUGAGAAAGAGAAAAAGGAAGAUGACGCAGAAGGAUAAGAAGAUGGCGAGGAACAGCAGCACCAACAACAACUCAUUCUCUGAGAUAUCGAGUGAUGAUGGUAGAAGCAGUUGUGAGCGAGCUAACAGAAGAAAUUUCAACGAAAAUAAACUUAACCCUCCAUUGGCUGACGAUAAUAAUGAUGACGAGAAGUGUGAUGAUGAUGAUGGAAAUGGCGGCGAUGCCAAGAACGCUGAUGACGAUGACGAUGAAAUAAAGUUGCUGAAUGAGGGGAAGAAAUUAGCUGAAGUGAUUAAGAGAACGGAGGAAUUGUUGUACGGACUUGGAAAUUGCACGAGCUUCACUAAGAUCAAACAGUAUGCCCGCUCAUAUUUCCUGAAGACAAACAUAGACGAGCAGUUGAAAGUAUUCCUAAGUAGGCACAUUGAGAGAAGCUGUAGUGAGGUGGCCUACCAUUCGUCCUCCUACAUCGAGUCCCAAGCGGCCUCUGCAAGUUCUGCUGCUAGGAGUAAGGAUGACAUUGAUGUUGGCACUCUCGAAAAUCCCCACCACCAGCGCCACUCGGGUCGCCCCGGCGGCAACUUCACGAAGAAGUACAAGAUCAAUCAGGUCAUCAAGUCGAGAAGUGGUCAGAACUCAAACUCUUCUUCAAGAAAGUCUUCACCAGAUGUCAGGAAGAGCAGAAGUCAUCGUAGAAGUCGAGAUACUAGUCAGUCCAAUGGUAGCUCCAUACACAGCGAUGAUGAGGAUGACGACGAUGAGGAGGAUGAUGACCAGUCAAAACAUGAAACAUCUCACAAAUCAACCGCGAAGAAAUCAACCUCAACUCCUUACGCCACUGAUGACGUCAAGAGGAAGAGGAAAACGCAGCAGCAGCAGCAGCAGCAGAGUUCUGCUGACCAAUCUGAGAGCUCUUCUUCCGAUGAAUCCAACUCGAAAAAUUAUCAUCCUCCCCAACGGAAAGAAAAUCAUUCUAGAACUCUGAAUAAAUACAUCAACGAUCAUGCUACGGGAAGAAAAUUUGAAAACUUGCAAAUCAGAGUCACCAACUCAGCACUGAUGCAAGCAUCCAAAACUAACAACAACAACAACGGUAACACCAGAUAUAACAACAACAAUUCAUUUUGUUACGGCGACGCUGGCGAUCAGGUUAACAAGCCACCGCCAAUAACAAGGCCACACCUACUACCCGAUCCUGCUCCUUACUACCUCAGAGGUGGCGGUGGCGGCAGUGGUAGCUUCGUUGGCAGCGGCCGUAGUAGUAACGAUGGCUUCUACAAAUUUAAUGAUAAGGUCUUAGAAUAUGAAAUUGGUAACAAUAACAGUGGUGAGAGAUAUUUCAAUCCCUACAGAGGUGCAUAUUACGAUGGAAGGAGGAAGUUUGAGAGAGCUGACGCCAUUGUUAGUUUUAAGAAUUCAAAUUAUAAAAAUGCCAUUUAUGAGGGUAAUGAAUUCGAGCUGGCCGAUGACGAGCAACACUUUUCGUCUUCUUACAAGCUGCUGGGCAGGCAUAACUCAUCCACCUUCUAUGCCGAUGUCGAGUGCGACCAUGCCGAUCAUUACAAACAACAUUACAGAGCAGCAACGUCAAGCAGGGAACAUCGCAAAGAACGAACGCCGACCGAUCACUACCCAACGAGUCAUCGAAACUACAAAAAUUACUCUCUAACAACAACAACUACAACCUACCCGACCAGCAACGAAAAAAACAAAUUAGAAACUCUGCUAAGCAAGAACAGCAUGGUGGCAGACCAACUAAGUCCACCACCAUCUUCGGCCACAAACUGCAGCGGCAGCAGCAGCAGGAAAUCGAUUUACGAGAGGUUAGGGAGGAAGUUAGGAGAUGAUGUCAGCUGGAACUCGAGGCGACCUCAAGUUAUGAAGAUGCCCGGUCCGACUAAUAACGCCACCUCUUCAACUUUCAUAACUCCCGAAUACCAAAACAAAUAUCGAACCACAAGAGACGAACCGCUUUUGCCACAGUUCAGCCGAAACUUAAACAGGCACGAUAACCUGAUGAGAAGAUAUGAAACUUACCAGCAACAUCAACAUGUGCAGCAUCGACCGAAUUUCAAGCCGUACAUCACUAACUAUGCAGCUAGUAGUGGCUUCGGUGCAGGUAGUAGUAGAAGUAGCAGCAGUAGCAACCAGCCAACGAAAAAAUUUAUUCAUCCUUUGGUUCACUCAUCAUCGUCAUCGUUUGCAUCGUCUUCAUCUCAUUUCAAGAGAAACUUGUUAUCAUCGUCGUCCUCUUCACCAACAACAUCAUCGCUAGCAUCGUCAGUUCGGCUGCCUAAAGCUUCAAAAAGCCUUCAGUCUGCUGUUAGCCUGGUCAAGAGAUGA